CGGACACCGUCCCGCCGCCGUCCCACAGUUCCGUGACAUGGCGUCGCUGAGGGUCCGGCGGCUGCUGGGGCCCGGCCGGCGCUGGUUCUCAGAGACGGUGCCCGGCGCUCCCUCGCCGCCCGCCAGCCCUCUCUACCCACCCGUGGUGGCGUCCAUCACGGCCAAGAGCAAAGCGGCCAAGUCGCGACGCCUGCAGCGCUUCAACCAGCGCGUGCACGCGGCGGCCACGGUGGAGGAGAAGCUGCGGCUGUACGGGAAGCUGCAGCGGCCCAAGUACACGGUGUACCCGCAGACCUUCGCUCUGAACGCCGACCGCUGGUACCGCAGUUUCACAAGAACCGUAUUAGUGCCGGGGAUGCCCCCAAGAGCCGCGGCCGCGAAACGCUCGGUAGCGGCGGCGGGAGCGACCCCUGAGGCCGGCAGAGCCCCGGAGCCGGGAGUGGAGGCGCCGGGAACUGCGGAGGCCCCGGCGGCUGCGGCGGCCGCGGCGGCUGCGGAGUCGGGGGCUGUGUCGGGGGCUGCGAAAACCUCGGAGUCUGCGGCGGGAGCGGCGCCGUAUCUGGAUAUAAGCGAGCUGCGCUCUCUCGCUUGCGACGCCCUUCUCCAGGAGAGCUUCUACCAGAAAAAGAAGCGGCCCUUCCUCUACCGCGAUCAGGAUCACACUCCCGGCCCUUUCCUCACGCAGCUCGUUUCCACCCUCGCCGCUUCCCUGUCCAGUCGCAACCCACUGCUGGCUGCUUCAUCCCUCGAUCUAAACCCUGAAGUUAACUAUUACUGGCAUCAUGGUGAGGAAGUUGUUGUUCACGGACAUCGAAAGGGUCGAGUUGAUCCUGUGCGAUUCCAAAUAGAUGAUAACCCACACCUCCAGAUCCGUGUACCAAAGCAGCUUCCUGAGGUUGUACCCCUGGAGUCAGACCUUGGAGAUGUUCCUGUUAUUGAUCAUAAGCCAUCCAAAUUGCCAUUGUUCAAAAAACAGUAUGAAAAUAAGGUAUUUAUAGGAUCAAAGGUGGCAGACCCAUGCUGUUAUGGACAUACCCAAUUUCAUCUCCUUCCUGACAAACUGAAGCAGGAGAGGUUUAUAAGAGAGCGUCUUGAGGAUCAGAUUGAAGUUGUUUACCGGUCGAAUGGAAUUGCAAGUCUCUUUGCCUGGACAGCAGCACAAGCAAUGUAUCAAGGAUUCUGGAGUGAAGCAGAUGUGACCCGUCCUUUUGUAUCGCAGGCAGUGGUGACUGAUGGAAAAUAUUUUGCCUUCUUUUGUUACCAGCUAAAUACUUUAGCACUAACUGCAGAAACUAUUAAAAACAACCCUCGAAAGAAUAUCUGUUGGGGUACAGACAGUAAGCCACUGUACGAUGUUGUGGAAGAUGGUAAUGUGAAAGGCUUUAAUGAUGAAGUUCUGCUUCAGUUGGUUCGUUUUCUACUAAACAGACCAAAAGAGUUGUAAAUCAUUAAACCACACGUCAAGUAUGUGCCUGAACUUCAUUGUGACUCCAUGAAGUAUGAUCUAUGCUAUGCCUUGAUUUUAGUCAGGUAUUUGUCUAGCAAACACUAUAUACAUAUUUUAUUUGGGCCUUCCUUCUCUCUUUUUUCUUUUUUAAUGCAUACUGUAUACUGGGAAAUAAAUGGCUAGAAUACCUUAAAGUCUUUCAUAUAUUUACUGCUAAAAGCCUUCUGUGCUAAUUCAGUGUCAUGUGAGCAUGUUUUUUAGCAGAUCCACAGGUCCAUGUUCAACUGUCACAAUGAAGUAUUAAUUCAUAUGACCAUCUGUAUAUCACUAAGGAAUAGCUUGAUACUCGGCACUAGUGAUAUAUUUCUAAUUUUGUGCUUGAGUUAAAUGCUUAUUUGUUCUAAAGGAAAAGUGAACUCAGAAUAAAAUGAAUGGAUGGCAGUUUAGUUGCAUGGUAAGAGAAAUCUUUAGACAUGGUAGUACAAACAUAAUGAAACUUGCUCCAAAGAUUCUGCGUGCAUGUGGACAAAGAUUGUAUGCAUGUGGACAUGCAUACAGUUUUAAGCUCCAGAAUCACAGAGCAAUCUCUCAAAUAUAUUUGGAGAGUAAGUUUUUCCUUUAGUGUGGGUCCUUGAUUUCAGCUGUUGGUAUCUUGGGUUUUCAUUCUGAUGAUACUUGGAUGUCUUAGAAGUAUUUUUAAUAGACCACAGCUGAGCCCCAGCCACAGCUAGGACGUCUGAUUCAUAAAAUGCAACUUUAUACAGUCAUGGAGUAGUUUGAGUUGGAAGGGACCAUUGAAGGUCAUUUAUUUCAAGCCUGCAGUGAGCUGGGACAUCUUCAGCUAGAUCAGGUUGCUGAGACCCCUGUCCAUCCUGACCUUGAAUGUUUCCAGGGAUAGGGUAUCCAUCUACCACUUCUCUAAGUGACGUAUUUUACCAUAUUCACUGUAAAAAACUUUCCAGCGUAUUUAGGCUAACUCAACCAUCUUUUAAUUUAAAACAUAACCCACCAUGUCGUAUUGAAACAGGGGCACUGUCAGGUUAGGAGUAUUUAGCUAUCAACGAAGUGUAACUGAUUCUGAGGUAACUAAACACUCCUAGAAUUCUAUGUUAUUUCAUUCACUAUACUUAAACCUUCCCAGAAUUUUCCAGUGCUCUUGUGAAGAGGCAAAUAUUUUAUUGUUAAACAGAAUACUGAAUCAUUGAAAUAUUGGCCUGCACAUUCUUCAGUAUGAGCAACAGCCCCCUUUCUCUUGGAAAGUGGCUUUCAAAGUAUUUUGUUAAUGGAAGACUAAGUCGUAGACUUUUACAUGACUGGUUCUUUACUAUGUUGGAAAGUGUUUCCACUUUCUCAACCAUCCAGAGAUCAGGUAAGUAAGAGGUGUACAAGCACUGGUUCCUUUUUGCGAGAAGUCUUAGGUGCUCUUUUUGUCUUAACAAUGCAUGAUUGUUAUCAGUUGAAAUAACUGUUGAUCCUUGGGUUAUAUAAAUGUUCGUUGUAGUAAGAGGAGAUAAAUUACUGGGUAAGAAUUUUGAUUAUAAGAGAAUGAGGUGUGACCUAUCUUAAGAGGGUCUGGUCUGAUUAAAGGAUGAUGCAAAAUUAAUGGAAGGAUAUGAAAAA